AUGUCUGUGAAGGAAAUAACUAAAAGCUCCGCGUUCACUAUCCCUACAACGACUAUAUGCUAUCCGCACCAAAGAACAGAGGAAGCAGGCUCAGAUGUUUUGCGGCCUCCAGCUAAAUUGUCACUGUUGUCGCCUGUCUUGGGGCAAACUCGACGACGAAGAGCAGCUACGAGCGCCAAGCAAAAGGAACCGGCCGUGGUAGCAAGACGGAACGCCAGGGAAAGAAAACGCGUAAAACUAGUAAAUGAUGGUUUCAUGCGGCUGAGAAAGCACGUACCCACGGACCCUAAAAACAAGAAAUUGUCCAAAGUUAAAACUCUGCGUAGCGCAAUCGACUACAUACGGCACCUGCAACACGUUCUGGCAAUGGCCAAUAAACAUCAAAUCGAAACAGAACAGGAGGCAGCUGGUACGGCUCAAAACCAGAGUUGGAUGACCGCGGCUGACUUUGUAAGUACGCUUUAACUGAGACCAGUCAAUGAUCAGUGCGACGAACGUCCCUCCGCUCCUGCGCUUCAACUUCACUUAAUCUGACAUCGCGUCGCUCGCUCGCUCGCUUGCAUCUAAAACUAAUAAUCGCGUCGCUGACGAUCUGUUUUGUUUUAUUUUUUUAAAAAAAGAUACAACAGGCGCUUUCGCGCAUUUUUUUUAACCAUGGCCUGCUUUGUACGACGAGCUAUAUUUUGAUGAUUGUAUGGGCUUCGCUUGACAUGACCAAACGAAGCCGUUGUCAAGCACGAUUUAGCUCAAUUCAGAAUCGUUAGAAUAAUUUGGCAUCGCCCUGAAUCACCAAGCACUUGAUUCCCCUUCAGUUCAAUUCACUUGUGAACCUCGAAGUCUGUUUGAUAAUUUUGGAACUAAAAGCCUUUGCAUUGAUAGUUCAAAUUUUCCGAGGAGAUCCGGAGAGUCUUCAAUAUUUUUUUAUUAUUUCUUUCAGUCUUUGACAAGCGACAUCUUUAUAAUCAGGAAGUUCAAGCAGAGCUAUAUUUUUCUUCGAGCAGCAGAUGGACAAAUCAUUGUUACAGCACUGCCCGAAAUAUUCAAUAUUUUCUCGCAAAACACAUAGAAUUAUGCAACCUUAAAACUAAGAAACAAGUUAUUGUGCGAUCGGAAGAGUCUUUUUUCUAGGGUAACGCCCAUAAAAUACAUGAAAAUUUACUUUUCGAUAAUAUUAAGUCAGGUCAUUUUGAGUGAAUGCGAAGUGAGGUCUUUUGAAUAAUAAUUUAUUUCGUAAAAGCUCUAACCCCAUCUUGUUUUCGUUUGUCUUUUAGAAAGCCGAGGAGGAAUACAAAACUGAAUUUGGCAAAACAGUUUUCGCAUGUGGACAACCAAGAGUGCCAACAAGCUUUUGAUGGAAAGACGAUGAUACAUAAGCGAAAUAUUUGUACUGAAAGACGUUCCACCCGACAAUGAUAAACAAGUGGCGAGCUCUCCUUGUCCUAGAAUGUACUACAAGCCCUUCGGAACAAGCGGGCUGAAAGCAAAUAUGCUCGCAAAUAAACAGACAAGGAAAAAAUUUACCGCAAGGCGGAAAGCUCUUACAUAUGCCAUGCUUUCGCAACGGGAAUUACCUGACAAGCAUCGAAGUGAAAUGUGGUUGCUAAAUGAAUGAAACAUAUACAUCGGAAAGUAAUCGACAAAAAUUUUAAAUAUAAUUAUUUAUACGCAAUCUUCAAGCCGAGUAAUUUAACUUCCACAGACAAGUUGAGAUGUCGAAAUUUUCUCGCUAAGGUUCUUUAUGGACAGAGAAGUAAAUUAUUUCCCUUUCAAAAAAAAUGAAUUUUGUAGAAAAAAAAGAGACGUUAUAUAUAGGUGUAAAAUAAAUCAAAUUGAUCAUAUUCUCUUAUACUAUGCCUGUAAAUUAUUUUUCUUUCCAGAAAAAUUUGCCUUCAACGGGAAAAGUAUGUAGAGAUAUUAAAAUCGUUGUUGGUUAGCAAAAUGUGAAUAAAAAUAGCCAUCAAGACUUGGAAAAGUUUAAUGGAGGAUACAAUUUGGGUUUUAAUGUUCAGUGAGAGUUCUCGUGAAAUAGAAUAUUCUUCGCAGUCUGAAGAAACCUCCAGCCACAAAGGAUUAAUUAUUUAUAGAAAAUGACUGAGACGCUUAAUAGGAAAGCGUUCAUUUACAUUUCCAAGUAGUACUCGAAUCUAUGGAACGGAAAAUUAAGUAUUCAUGCAAAUCGAAAGGAAGGCAGCACACUUCACUUGAACGACGGAAGCCCUAAUCAAGCUCUUUAUCAGGAUUGGAUGUAAGCGCAACCUUUACAAAGGCGCCAAAAUAAAAGAGAAAAAAAGAGAACCUAAAAUUCAUUUUUUUUUUCUUUAUCUGUUAAAUAGUCACGUUUUCAUCUCCGGGUAUGUUUUCAAAUAAUUUCCCGCAGCGCAUUCGUCUU